GAGCAGUAUGUCUUCAUCCAUGAUGCCAUUUUGGAGGCAUGUCUCUGUGGCGACACCACCAUUCCUGCGAGUCAGCUCCGCUCCGUCUACUACGACAUGAACCGCCUGGACCCACAGACCAACUCUAGCCCCAUUAAAGAGGAGUUCAGGACGCUUAAUAUGGUGACUCCCACGCUGCGGGUGGAAGACUGCAGCAUCGCCCUGCUGCCUAGGAACCACGAGAAGAACCGCUGCAUGGACGUCCUGCCUCCAGAUCGCUGCCUCCCCUUUCUGAUCACCAUCGAUGGCGAGAGCUCCAAUUACAUCAACGCCGCCCUGAUGGAUAGUUACAAGCAGCCCUCUGCAUUCAUAGUGACACAGCACCCAUUGCCAAACACAGUAAAGGACUUCUGGAGACUGGUGCUGGAUUACCAUUGCACAUCCAUAGUAAUGCUCAAUGACGUCGACCCAGCACAGUACUGGCCAGAAAACGGAGUCCACCGCCAUGGACCCAUCCAGGUGGAGUUUGUCUCUGCUGAUCUGGAGGAGGACAUCAUCAGCAGAAUAUUCCGGAUCUACAAUGCAGCUCGGCCUCAGGAUGGCUACCGGAUGGUGCAGCAGUUCCAGUUCCUGGGUUGGCCCAUGUACAGAGACACGCCCAUGUCCAAACGCUCCUUCCUCAAACUCAUUCGACAGGUGGACAAGUGGCAGGAGGAGUACGAUGGGGGAGAGGGACGUACUGUGGUCCACUGUCUAAACGGAGGCGGCCGCAGUGGGACAUUCUGUGCCAUCAGCAUUGUGUGCGAGAUGCUUCAGCACCAGCGAUCUGUGGAUGUUUUCCACGCUGUCAAGACACUGAGGAAUAAUAAGCCCAACAUGGUGGACCUACUGGACCAGUACAAGUUUUGCUAUGAAGUGGCACUGGAGUACUUGAACUCUGGGUAACUCGGAGCUACUGCGGCCACCAGGAAUUCUUUAUUCGGGACAGUACAGACGACUGCGGCUCACAUGUGUGCAUUAUGCUAAGAGUGUGUGUUACCGACCUGACAGGAGUGACGUGCACACAUGACCUCCUUUGACCAGCUCUCUUCCCUCUUCUUCUUCUUCUUGAUCUAGAUGGGAAAGUUAGCAGAGUUGUACAGUGUUAAAUAUCACAGAAUGUUUCAGUCACUACAAGCUAAGGAAGCCAGCAGAGGUACAAUGAGUUAUUUUUUUUCCCUCUGCAGUGAGCAGCCUUCUCUCUGGAUCCCUAUUUUUCUCUGUCUCUGCCUGUAGUCCCGUGGUUGUUGCCUUGAUCCUCACUGGACGACAAGCAUUGAAAAAUCUCCAGUUUUCCAUGGAAUGCGAUACACUGUACAUAAUGUAAUGUGUCCAUUUUACUCUCUCCGAUUUCUGUUUCACGCAGUUCAUUAUUAAGUCAUUAAAUGCAGGAGCUCACAGCCUAAAUGUUACUAAAUGUCCUGUAAAUUUAUGACUUCCAGAUGACUAUUGCUUCACACUGUAUGUUGAGGACAGCUGGCUCACAUUUUGCUUACCUUAUUUCCUGUGCAGGGAUCCAAAGCUUUAUUUGCACUUCCAUUGAAUUCUUGUUGUGCAUAUUGUACAUAUUUCUGUAGAUUAUUUAUUCGCGGUAUGUACUUUUUUUGUGACUCGCAAGUAAGUGACAAUCAUAUGUUCUAUAGGUUUGGUUUAUUGACUGUAUUGUGUGCUUUUUUUUCAGUCAUCUUGUAUGACAGAGCAAUUCCAUUGUAAAAAAACAAACAAAAAAAAAAGAUUAUAUAAAUGUAUCUACAAUAUAAAUGGUUGAUUAUC